UUCACGCAACGAGGACUCGCUCCGCCAGCCUCACUCGCCUCGACACAGCCAGCAGCCCGAGGCUUCCGCGAGACGCAGAGAGACGAAGAGAGAGAGACAUCGCCCACGUGGUGGACAACCGAACGGUGGACACGGACGCAGCCUAACCCCACCCCCCCCCCCCACAGUCCUCCCGAGCUCGGAGGAAAAAAUCCACAUUCGUUGUAUCUGCUCCUUCUCGCGUUCGCACGGGGGGGUGGAUCAGCCGUGGGUGGGCAAGGCGGGGUUGGCGAGUGGUGGUUGUGGCUAUAAGAGCCGGCGCAGUCACCCGAGAGCUCCACACAACAAUCAUCAUCAUCAUCGCCGCGCACGCUGCCUUAGCUGCUGCUGCUGCUUCUGCUACUACUACUACCUACUGCUGCCACCUGACCGAGUGGGCAAGGAGAGAUUCCCUCUCGUCUGCCACGGGGCCGAAGGCAGCCUCUGAAAGGGGCCCCACUCUGAGAUGCUACAGGACUCCUCCUCCUCCUCCUACCUGGAACGGGAGAGCGGCUCCCGGGAGAGCCUCUCGUCAGCGCACGGCUCCCCUCCCUUCAUGAGCGCCGAUGCCGUCUUCGCCGCCGCUGCCGCUGCUGCGUCUUGCCAGGCGUUCGUGCGCGACGCACCGGGAGCCGGCCCUCUCUUCGUGCCGACGGUCACCGACGUCGCCACGAGCCGGGAACUGCAGUGGAUGGUUCAGCCGACGGUCAUCGCCUCGGGGACCCGCAAGGCCCCGCACGACCCCCAGGCGCUCCCCGUGGCCUUCCCUCCCGGCUCCUGCUGCCCGGACUCGGAGCCCUACCCGCUGGGGGGGGUCCCCACACAUACCCUCGCGUCCAUCUCACAUCUCCAUCAGCAGCAGCAGCAGCACCAACACCACCAACACCACCAGCAGCAGCAGCAGCAUGUGAGGCCGCAUGGGAGCAACCGAGGCGGAAGGCGAAGGAGAGACGAUGAUCUGAAUCCCGCGGACGCGGAGAAGCGUCGCGUGCGCAGGGAGCGGAACAAGCAGGCGGCCGCCCGCUGCCGGAACCGGCGCCAGGAGCUCACCGAGCGACUCCAGGCGGAGACGGACGAGCUGGAGGACGAGGGCGCGGGGCUCAAGUCGGAGAUCGAGAGAUUGAAGAAGGAUAAGGAGCGACUCGAGUUCAUCCUGGCCGCUCACCGCCCCGUCUGCAAGAUGCCCAGCGAGGAGGAGAACGAGCGCGAGGGAAUGGUCGGUGCCUCCCCGUGCCUCUCGCACCUUCUGUCCAAGCGGGAGGAGCCGUCCUCUCUGGCCCCACCGCCACCGUCCAGAAGUUUCGCUCCGGCGGCCGGGGACUGUGCCAUGCAGCCCGCUCCGGAAGUGAGCAUCUCCGGCAGCUACUACUUCGACCUGGAGCCGCUGAGCAGCGCCGGAGCACCGGCGUGCGCCCUCGCCUACACGGGCUACGCCGGGCAACUGGGCUACCCCGGCCAUGAGGGACACGGCGGCUACGCGGGAUACGCCAGCUGCCCCGUGGCGUCGGUGGCCGUGGGCGGCGGCGAGCGCGGAUCGCAGGAGGCGGGGAGGAUGCGCCUCGUAUGUCGGGAGCCUGCGCCACCUGAGCGUGAGCAGCAGUGGCGGAGGCAGCGGCGGGGGGCAGGAGUCGCCCGACUCACUUGGGUCCCCCACGCUGCUCGCGCUAUGAGACCCUCCCCCCCCACCGAGAGUGUAAAGCGGAGAAAAAGUGAAAACGUGGGGAGUUGGGGCGCAGUCAGUGGCGCUGCUGUCAGAGUUGCGGGCGGUACAACCGCACAUGGACUCACGGGGUAGGAGGAGCCCAGGCACUGGGUUACCAAGAUGGGAGGGGGGGAGCUGGACAGGGGAAGCCCCCGUUUCAAUCGCUGGAACACGGCCCAUGCCAACCACUCGGCCACUGUGGUGCUUGCAUCAGGCUUAGAAGUGACGCGAAUACUAAUGGCUGGUUGGUGAGCAUUAAGGGUGGCUCCAGUUUUGUCUUGGCUCGUGUGCUCUUAACAACGUACCCUGCCAACUCUUUGCGGCGUCCGGCCUUUUCAAUGUUUGUUCGCUGCGUACGUUUGGUGCCUACGGCACCGUGGAGAGCGGCACGCGUGAGGAUGGUCACAGCCUCGCGAUCGCGCAACACCGCGGUGACUCGUAUUUAUUUAUUUAUUCCUCGUAGGUUAUCUCUAUUUAUUUGUACGUUUGGUGUCAACGUUCGGCUCGUUUUAAAAACAAAUGUUUUAAAAACAUGAAGCUAGUUUUACGAACUAUUUAUUUUGUUAAAAAAAAAAAUCUUUUUGCACUGAGUCGUCGACUGAAGUAUGCGGUGCGUGGGAAUCAUUUUUGGAAUUGUUGGGAGUGGGGGACCAGUGGCCAUGUCGGCACACAUCGUGUCGCCGAGAGGGUCCAGAAAGGAUAUUCGGCGAGGGCACAACUUGUGGCCUACCGCCCCCUGGCACCCCACCCUGGUUUCAAGAAGAUUCGUGAAAAAGCAAGUCCCUAAGUCACCUGUACUGCGACGCCAUCGCUAACGGGGUGAGGCGGCUGCCCGAGGAGGGCAGCCGAGUCCAGGGAUGGGAAAACGCAAACGAAGGCAGCUCUUAAUAUCGUGUGCAUACAACUGUGAAACGUAGUUUAUCUUAAUGUAAUAACGCAGUGGUGUCUUGACCAGCCCGCGUGCGGCCAGACAAUCAGUUGUGGUGCCAUACUUUAGGACCAAGGGCUUUAUACGACUUUCGCCGGGAUUAUAAACGAGCGAAUGGGCGUAGUAGCUUGGCGGAGCACUUUUGCUCGUACCGCUAAAUAAUUUAUUGAAUUGUACGUUAUUUUUGCCGGCAUGGUGCCAACAGUGGCAUUUUGAAACCGAGUCGACGAAGUCCUUGACACAAAGGGUUGGCGCAAUGUGCUUUCCGGUACGUGGAAACCCAAGUCACCACUGUGAUGUGAAACCCACGUUGGCAUCGUAUGGCAACGGUUUUAACACGCGAACGCGCUUACGAGACGAACGCCAAGUGACACUGCCAGUUUGCAGGCAUUCCACUCGUCAUGUUUACAGAUAUUUUUGUACAUUUUGUGAGCAAACGUAGAUCGUUCACCUCCUCAGCAGGCAGCCUGGAGUCGUGGUAAUCACUCGCCGAGUGGCCACUGCCAUUCCACUGACAAAAGAUACGUAAGAGAAGUGCUCUCCGUUUAACAGUGAUUGUUUACCUUCAACAAAGUCAGCUAUAGGACAUUAUUUUCAUACAAAAGGAACACGUAAUGUAUUUCUAAAGGCGAGACUUUUACCUUUGAAUAUAUAUAAUUGCCCCUACUUGUAAGUUUGCAAUAAUGCACUUGGUCUCCAACGAGAAAAUAUACUUGGCUUCACAACAUGCAAAUAGCAUACCAUAAAAUAUCCACAUAUUUACAUUUUGUUGAAAUGUGUGCCACUGUAGUUUUUUACAUCAGUGCCUGGGGUGGCCAGAAGUUGGUAUCAAAUCAACUCUUCAUCAUCAUCGUAGAUGAUAAAAAUAAUAAAUAAAAACCCAUACACCCAGACAUCAUGCAGCUACUAGAGCCAUCCUGGAUUCAAAACACGUUGGGUAUACACUUUAUCGUAGGGACGUGGAAUAACAUACUAGCACUUGAACACAGACGCUUGACAUUACCCGACAUAGGAAUCGCAGCCAGAAAUGAGUGCAACCCUGCCAACUCAAGUGGCGUACGGACCCCAGGAUCAUUGUGUUCAGCAAAAGUAGGCCUACAUUAUGUGUGUCGGUAUUGUUAGGGCGCGAGCACGGUCACCGACAUGGUCACGAUCGCUCACGUGACGUUGAAGCGCAGUUGUUUACGCGUGGACGCAAUCGCUCGGCGUGCUUCGGUCCUGCUUCCUGCGUCGGCGCUGUGCGACGAAAAAUAAACACGGGCGCAUUUAUCGGAUUCCGCGGCGCACGCGAAAUGUGGUUCACUCGAUGUGGAUCGCGAAUUUAGUUUUGAACAGUGAGGCCCAUGUGGCGUGUAUAGCGUGACCGGGUGGUGUGUUUCCGGACUGAGGCUGCAGUUGGCACCGAGUUGUAGGCCGUGAGUUGAAGGAGCGUUCGGGCGAGGGCAGGGGUCGGCAAGCAAAGAUAACAAGAGCAGCCAUUCUUUUCGAAUUUGCUAAAAAACUAUAUUUCAAGAGCAGCAACGCAGGUGAAUAACAUCACGAAGAAGCGGUCCUUAAAGAGCCGCAUGCGGCUCUGGAUCUGCAGGUUGCCCACCCCUGGGCAAGGGUAUUAAAUCCGAUUGGGCCAGAAGCCACUAUCUGCCUCGAUGUGUUUCCCUGCAUGGAGAGUGUUAGAUCUUAGUUUGGAAAGCAAAGCUUUGUAUGCCGAUGUGUAGUUUACAAAAAUAAAAUAUAUGCAGGUUCUGGUGAAUUUCGAAAAGAUAUGGUAAUUUGCAUGGCGAUCUUGUGUGAGUUACUGCAUGCCUCUAUUUUCUUAAAAAAUUAAACCAUUUUACAAACUGACGGAAAUCGAGAGUUAAUAUAUAAAACAUAGGUAUAUUUUUGAUGUAAUAUUUACGUACUGAAAUAUUUAUUUUCAUAAGAGUAGGCAGUGUGUGCGAGUUUUACGACGUUUGUCAACGUUUUGUUUUCCAUGAAAACGUAACGACGCCUAGGCGUUCAAUGUUUGCCAAUUUGUACACAUUUAUUUUUUUAUACCAUCGUUAAGAGACUUAGUAAAUGUAAAAAAAAGGUACGUAAUAAAAUAUUA